UUCUGUUUCUGGGAAUAUGACAAGAACCAUAAAACAUUAAGCAGAGAAGUCUUAAAAUUUGUCAAUGACAGACUUGUUGACAGAGAUGACGCCUCUUGGAGAGAUGAAGUCCAACAAAACUUCUUAGAAUGCAAAGAAGACACAUGCGCUGUUCUUGAAGAUGAAAUAGAAAACAGAAUAGAAGAGCUAUUAAAGGACAAAGAACUUUUACAAAAAUAUGGUUCUGAGAAGUUUGACAUAACUCCACCAGAGAAGAAGAAGAGAGAAAAGAAAGAAAAGAAAGUAGAAGAAGAGAAGAAAGAACCAGAGCCAGAGAAGGGGAGAUAUGACAUGUAA